UCCCUGGUUCCUCACUCCCUCUCUCCCCCUCAGGCUGGCAGGAUUCCUCGGGCAGAGCAUGCAAUCAGUUCGCAGGGAGCAGCCGCAGCCACAGGAAAGAUGCAGAAGCACAAUCAGAAGGAGCAUCUCUACAAGCUGCUGGUGAUCGGGGACCUGGGAGUGGGCAAAACCAGCAUCAUCAAACGUUAUGUCCACCAGAACUUCUCCCCCCACUACCGGGCCACCAUCGGGGUGGACUUUGCCUUGAAGGUGCUGAGCUGGGAUGCUGAGACUGUGGUACGGCUGCAGCUCUGGGAUAUUGCAGGUCAGGAAAGAUUUGGAAACAUGACCAGGGUAUAUUACAGAGAGGCCAUGGGGGCAUUUAUUGUCUUUGAUGUUACAAGACCUGCAACGUUUGAAGCAGUGACAAAAUGGAAAGAGGAUUUGGACUCUAAGUUGGUUCUUCCAAAUGGCAAACCUGUGCCCACAGUCCUCUUAGCAAACAAAUGCGACCAGGGGAUAGAUGUUCUUAUGAACAACGGCAUCAAGAUGGAUCAGUUCUGCAAAGAGAAUGGGUUCGUGGGCUGGUUUGAAACAUCGGCCAAGGAAAAUAUAAACAUCAAUGAAGCUUCCAGAUGCUUGGUGAAACACAUAAUUGCUAGUGAGAGUGAUCCAGUUCAGUCUAUUGAACCAGAUAUUAUAAAACCACACUUGAAUUCCUCCAAGGUUGUCAGUUGUUCAGCUUGCUUUAAAUCCUAGGAGACCUCCAGACUAUUACAAGAGCUGAACAACUAUGAUUCACAAUGUAUACUUUACCCAACAUACCCAGUCUGCCCAGAUUGUCCAUAAGCAGAUUGCCGUUUUCUCAAAAAAAUACUUUUUUUUUCUGUAAGUUUGACAGCUAAAAUUUAUUGUGAGCUGUUCAUUGAUAGCAACUAUUCAAAACUGUCUUUGGCUUCUGGUCAAAUAAGACUCAUGCUGAUAGUUGUGUUUCCCAGUUGGGUAGCACCAACAGUGAUAUCAAAACCUAUUUCUUUGCAAUGUGGGUUCCCAAAGCUUAUAUUUUUGAUGUGGCUGCAGUAAUACUCUACUUGUCCAUUGGUCCUCCAGCCUGUCAUCUUAAUACCCCAGACAGGCAUCCAUCAUUUUUACACUUUAUUGUCAUCCCUCACACCUGAAUAAUCUUGUUUCAUAUGAGGAAGAUAAUUAUGACAAUGAAAAUAUAGCUGUUCAGAAAGAGGCAACAAAAGUGUUCACAAUGAAACAUUCCCAUUACAAGUUCAGUCUCCUGGAUGAACUGGCUGGAUUGAACACAGAAUCAUAGAAUAGUCUGGGUUGGAAGGGACCUUUAGAGGCCAUCUAUUCCAACCCCCUGCAGUGAGCAGGGACACCCUCAGCUAGGUCAGGUUGCUCAGAGCCCCGGCCAGCCUGACCUGGAACGUUUCCAGGGAUGGGGCAUCGACCACCUCUGGGCAACCUGGGCCAGUGUUUCACCACCCCCACCAAAAAAAAUGUCUUCUUUAUAUCUAGUCUAAAUAUACGCUCUUUUAGUUUAAAAAUAUCACCCCUUGUCCCAUUGCAACAGGCCCUACUAAAUUAUCUGUCCCCAUCUUUCUUAUAAGCCCCCUUUAAGUAUUGAAAGGCCACAAUAAGGUCUCCAGGCUGAAAAAUGCCAGCAAUCUCAGCCUUUAUUGUCAUCCAGUUAUCCAGAAGAGCUUGAGAGACUGAACCCUGAUGUAGUUUUUGCUACCCCUUUCUGAAGAGUUAAAUUCCAAUAGUUGUUAGCAUUAUCUUCAGGUGAAGCAAGAUGAAAUAAGUCAAGGGUAAUGGAUGACAAAACAGGGAAUCAGGGGUACAGUCUCAUAGUUUAAGUGGCUGAGAGUUUUCAGAAAGGUUAUCUGUUCUUGAAAAGUACUCAUUGAUUUUGUUCCUGCCUCUCCAUUCUUCAUGCCACAGGUGUUGUCCUUGCAUUUUUAAACUGUGUAUAUUUUAUAAGUCCCUGCAUGUGUCCCUCCACUAUGUUGAUUCUCAUGGGAAAAUUCACUAUCCAGCAUAAUGUAACAGCUGAGCUUUUCAGGAAUGCAUCUGUGUUGAAUAGCAAGAUAUUUGCUUUCGGAGAAUAUUCUUCUAAAAACCACAAUUGUGUUAAUAAUCAUCAGGAGCAAAAUGAAAGAGUCCUAAGAAACGCUCCUGGAAUAUGUGUGGAAUUUGUUGAGCUGUAUUGUGGAAAUGAAAUGGUUGAUUUUCAGAGUCUCACAAAAUAUGCAGGUUAGUAGUCAUUCAGACAAGUGUGUCUAGACAAGAAGUCUUGACAUCUGGCUGCAAGCCUCUGCAAGACAAACUUUGCCUGUCUCCUGCCACAGACAAAUCACUUCCAUUUUCUUGUUUCUACUCAGCCUUUUCCUUCCUAAGCUGUGAAAUCUCAGUGGCAGGAGCUGUCUUCUGAGAUGGGUUUUCUUCCUUAGAGGUAACACCAUGGAGGGGAGGAGGCAGAAUCUCAUUACCUCUUGUGUUUGCAGACAUCACUGCAAUAUUUCCCUGAAUACUUAGUUGGAGAUGAAGGAGUAAAACUCUCAAAAGCUAGUAAAUAGAUGUUGGGUGGGAAAAAAAUGAAAAAAGAAAAAAAAACAUCCUCAGGCUGACCUUAUUCUGUGAGACCUAUUCUAUGGGGUUAAUGUGUUUCAGACGUUCAGCCUAUUACUGAAUUAUCUGUUUACUUUAUAGGCACUGCAGAGGAGAGCCAGGGACAGAGACAGCUCUUUUUGUGCUCUUCCUAAACCCUUAAACUGAUAUAUUUUUGUCACAGAAUUUUAGAGUAAGAAAGCAAGGUCUGUGGUUUUAAAAAUGAAAAGCCGCAUCCAGAAUUAAUCCACAAACACAGAGAUGUAAGGAUCCAUAUAUAUCAUGGGCUGGCUUUUUUUGAGGAGAGUAAUUUUCAAGUUGUCUUGAUCACAAUGUUAUCCUUUAACACCUAUGUUAAACGUCCUUUAAAUCCUGCUGUGAUCUGGGUCAAAUACCUAAAUCUUUCUGCCUCAGUUUCCUCAUCUGUAAAAUAGGGAUUGAUGUACACACCUACCUCACAGCACUUCUUGAAAGUUACUGUUGGCACUGUGCUUUGAAGAUACAUGUUAUCAAAUGCCAAGCUCUAUUACUGCUCAGAAUGAAAUAUGUGUGCCCUCUAGCAUAAAUACAUGGUGCUGUAAUGCCUUAAUGUUCUAAAUCUAUCUAGAGCUUGUCUGUGCUGCAACAAUUAGCUUCAAUUAUUCCACCUCAGUUAACCUAGUCGAGGUUAUAAGGAAACGUGUGACAGCAUGGGAUGAUUAGAUUAGCUGCAGAUGUGUUGCAAAAGGAAACUGUGGCUGCACAGAUGUCAUGGUACUAGUUGAAUAAUCUCAGCAGCAAAGCUGCAGUUCAGAACUAGCGCCAGGUCAGCUAUUUCAGAUUUAGAGCAUUAUUUCAGUCAAGUCGUAUGGAUGCCUUAUUAAGGACAACACUUUCUUCAUACCUUGGGCUAACACUGUGGGGAACAGAAGCACCUAGAUAUUCAGGUGGCUUCUAAAGGGCUAAGUUUUUAUUAAUUGAACCCCAUGCUUUAAUUAUAAAUCUAGACACCUCAGGUGCAGCACAGAAAGUUGUCAUCUCCCAAAAAUUAUUGCAACAAACGUAGCAGUUGUUAAUGUGUUUUAGUUAUCUUCAGAUCACUCGUCUUUGGGGGUUUCUAGCCAAUAUCCAUUAAGCAUAAUGGUAACUUUCACAAAUGUUUGAGAACUAUGGCUAAAGAUCUGGUAUAAUAGUAAUCAAAAAAAAAACAUAUAAAUACAACACUUAAAGGACAGAUACUUCUUUUUUUUUGCUUCACUGUAUUGUAUAAACCUGCUUUAAACUAUGAACUCAUCAUCCAUUCCACUUGUUUCUGUUGUGUCAGGUUUCACUGCAGUCACAGUUCUGGGACAUAUUUUCCACCUCUGGUAGAUGGUGAGGAGAAUUUGGCCAAUUUCUAGACUAAGGAAUACACAAGGUAUAAGUUCUAAAGUCAUACAUAUUUGCACUGUAAGAAUUAGGACAGCAUCAUGAAGAAUCAGGCUUCCUUAGGAGGCUGCAUAAUUCCAAAUGUUCAUUUUUGUUUGUACUGAAGAGAUAAGAAUCUGCCAAGCCUCUUUCUAUAACACAAUAAAUGUGUGAAUGCCACCUGGGUAUCUAGCAAACAGAGCCUUUUUAGAAGGGGUUGUCAUAGGCAGGCCAGAAUAAAAGCUUUGAUUUAGAAUUAAUGAGCUCAGUUUGCGCGAAUACCCUUUCAGGAACAAAUGUAAAAUUUAAUUAUACUGUGUCAGCCUCUGACAGGUCGGGCUUCCUUGUUUUUUAUUGAUACAUUCUGUGCUAUGUCCUCUUUGCUGGUCGCUAGGGACCAGGCAUGUUAAUUGCAUGGCCAUUUCAAAAUGAAACAUUUUCCCCUUCUGUUUGCAGUAAGUAAAGACACAAGUCUCCGUUGCCUUCCAAGUGGGCAAAUGUACUGCAAAGGGGAUUUAAAAUUACUUUUCAUUCUAGUUCAUUCAUAAGUACCCCUCUGGGUGUCCCAGCACCUAGAACCACAAGCUGAUGCACAGGUGAGGUGCCGGCUGUGAGGGAUCAGCCCAAAACACUCAUGAAAAAUAGUGGUUGAGCAUCUCAACCCUGAGGCUUCAUUUACUAACUCAGCCACAACACUGGUAAUGGCAGGAUGUCUUUCAUUUUCCGUCUCUGAAGCUCCAUACAAGCAAAAUCUCAUGAUCGUGAAUACCUUGGGAAGCACAUACAUAUUACUGAUAGGAAAAUGGAUGGAGUGAAAGGAAAGGUAAAUAUUACUCUAUUAUUCCAGAAAGAUCAUAAUUCAUUUGACCAAGUUGAGCUUUCAACAGAAAGCUCAACUUAAUUUGGACUCUGAAAAUCAGACUUAGUUCUUCUGAUGCACCAUUUUUUUAGAUCAUGUCUUUUCAUUGAACUUCUCUAUUCAGGAGUAGUAUUUUCCAACAGUACCUUGUGUAUGCAGCUUGAAUUGUUGUACAUCAGUAUUUUAUCUUCAGAUGUUUUUUGGCUUCUAUUUUAACCUACCUGACCAUAUAAAAAGGGGAGGGAGGGAGAAGGUGCAUGUUUAUAAACAGUCUUGUUUUACUUCUUAAAACAGCUUGUCUGGCUGGAUGAAUUGAAGUCGGUAAAUACAUGUGGGAAAUACAAUUUUAUGUCAAUUGCCAGUAAACAAUCAAUGAAAAUAUAUUUUACUGCACCAAUAUUUAUGCAUGUGGCCGCAGGUUCUAUUGUAAUAAAAGAUGAU